AUGGCAAGUCGGAUCUUUAAUUCUCUAGAUUUUCAAAAUCCAAACAAGUACCUCACUCGCCAGCAUCUACAGCCAUAUAUUCUCCAACAAAUCCUUCAGCAGCAACACUUGGCUAAAUAUGGCUACUUAGCUGACUCCGCUCUUCACCUGAUGAACUGGCGCAACGCGUCCGUUGGCAUGAUGCCCGGAUACCACCAAGCACAUCCAUUUCUCUUCGCGCUCAAUUCAGGGCACCAUCACCUUGCCAGCUCGGCUUGCGGCAACUACCAGACCUACAACAAUUACCCCCCUCAACAGAAUAACCACCAGGAGCACUACCAGCCGACGAGCCCAGGUAAUGACGUUGACUUCUGCAACAGUUCUGCUUCGGGCCCGGAAAACAGCACUUUCGACUACAUACCCCAAAUGGAUGAAGAGUACGAGGAUGGCUUGAAUUCCGUGACGGAGCAGUUGGAUAAAUAA